AUGGGCUCGACGACGGAAACACAGCAGAACCCAGCGCCUGUCGAGGUGCAGGACGGGGAGAGGCAGCACGUCGACGCCGCGAUGGCGAAGAGGAUUCUGUGGAAGAUUGAUCGGACGAUUAUUCCGCUUCUCUUCGUCACGUACAUGCUCAACUUCAUGGACAAGACGAUCCUGUCGAGCGCAUCCGUCUUUGGUCUCCGCGAUGACACCAACCUGAAAGGCCAGAACUACAGCUGGGUCUCGAGUAUCUUCUACUUCGGCUACUUCGCCUGGACAUACCCGACGACGCUGCUCAUCGCCCGCCUCCCUGUCGCCAAGUACAUGACCGCCAACACCUUCUUCUGGGGCACCGUGGUGGCCGUGACCGCGGCCUGCCGUAACUACGGCGGUCUUCUCACCGUGCGGUUCCUCCUCGGCGUCGCGGAGAGCACCAUCACUCCCGCGUUCAUGUAUCUCACGUCCACGUGGUACACGCGCGACGAGAUCCCCACGCGCACGGGUAUCUGGUUUGCAGGAAAUUCUGUCGGUGGUCUUGUCGCCUCGCUGUUGGCGUUUGGUGUAGGCCACAUCUCUGAUAAGAUCGGACCGUGGCGUUGGAUGUACAUCAUCCUCGGCGUCUUGACCUUCGUCUGGGCUUUCGUGUUGUGGCUGUGGCUCCCCGACUCCAUCUCCACCGCCCGGUUCUUGAACCCUGAGGAGCGCCAGUACGCCGGCGACCGCGUUGUCAUUGCCGGCACCGGCCGCACGGAGAAGACACACUGGAACUGGGAUCAGAUGAAGGAGUGUCUGAUUGACCCCAAGACGUGGCUUAUCUUCGGCCUCGAGAUCGUCUCGCAGAUUCCCAACGGCGGCACGCAGAACUUCGCCAACCUCGUCAUCAAGUCAUUCGGCUUCACGAGUCUCCAGUCGACGCUCAUCAACAUCCCGUAUUCGCUUCUGUCCGCAGGCAUCAUUGCCGGUACCGGCUAUAUCGCCGGUCGCUUCCGCAAGAUGAACUGCAUUCUUAUCGCACUCAUUGUGCUGCCCUGCAUCACGGGAGCCGCCAUCAUCUACUCCCGCGAGCACGUUAGCAACGGCGUCACGCUCUUCGCCUACUUCCUCCUUUCUCCGGGCCCUGCUGCCAUGCCCCUCGCCAUGUCUCUCGUACAGGCCAACUACCGCGGCGUGACCAAGAAGAUGACCAUGUCGGCGCUGCUGUUCCUGGCGUACUGCGCGGGCAACAUCGCCGGGCCUCAGUUCUUCAAGACCAGCGAGGAGCCCCACUAUCAGACGGCUUUCCAGACCAUCAUGAUCUGCUACUCGCUUGUCGUCGUUCUCGCUGUUUGUCUGAGGGUUUACCUGCAGUGGAUGAACACCAAGAGGACCAAGGAGGAGGGAUUCGAAGGCAGCGCUGGAGGUGCUGGCGCCGUUGGUGGCGGAAAGGUGAUGCAGGCGGACGGAAACGCGAAUGAUGUGGCGAACAUGAUGGACCAAGUCGAGCUGAGGCCUGAGGAUUAUGAGGAUGUGACCGACUGGAAGACGGCCGGCUUCCGAUACAGGUUGUGA